GCUCCGUCCCCGUGAGCGGUGCGCCGGGCACUCGCGGGUGUGAGUGGAGACGCCGGGAUGGAUGCGCCGCGGGAGGGUCGCCAGGGCGAGGCUCCCGGGAAGAUGUCGGGAGAGGAGCUGGAGAAGCAGUACAGCCCCAGCAGGUGGACUGUCCGACGUGGACCGGAGGAAAGCCUGAGGACCUACUCAGAGACAGGAAUCGAGGCCACCAGGAGGGCCCGGGCCACGCGGAGGAGCCUGCUGGAUGUCCCCUACGGAGCCGGGGACGGGGAGACGCUGGACGUCUACUUCCCCGAGGCGGCGGCGGCGGAAGCCUUGCCGCUCUUCGUGUUCCUUCAUGGAGGAUACUGGCAGAGCGGAAGUAAAGACCAGUCGGCCUACAUGGCGGGCCCCCUGACCGCGCGGGGAGUGGCCGUGGUGGUCGUGGGUUACACCCUGGCCCCCAAAGGGACCCUGGACCAGAUGGUGGACCAGGCGGCCCGGAGCAUCGCCUUCCUGCAGAAGCGGUUUCCGAGCAAUGAGGGGAUUUACCUGUGCGGACACUCGGCCGGGGCCCACCUGGCCGCCAUGAUGCUCCUGGUGAACUGGCCCACCGAGCGGGGCGUCACGCCCAACCUCAAAGCCUUCUUCCUGAUGAGUGGGGUCUACGACCUGGAGCCCCUCGUGCACACCUCUGUGAACGCCCCUCUGCGCAUGACCCCGGAGGAUGCUCGGAGGAACAGCCCACAGUGGCGCCUGGAGGCGGCGUCCGCGAAGCCCGGGGGUCCAGCCUGCCCCGUGCUGGUGAUCGUGGGCCAACACGACAGCCCCGAGUUCCGCAGGCAGGCCCGGGAGUUCUUCCAGACCCUGUGCCGAGGCGGGCUGCGAGCCUCCUUCGAAGACGUCCCAGACGUGGACCACUUUGAGAUCGUCUGGAAGCUGACGGAGCAGGACUGUGUGCUCACCCAGAUGAUUUUGAAAACCAUCUUCCAAGAGUGCUGAUGGGCCCCCACCCCCAGCCGGCGUGCCACCAGCGUGCACCCUGA